GCCCAGGAGCUGGGCCGCCGGCUGCCAGACGUGGGGAGAAGCGUGGCGGACGGCCUGCAGGAGACCGCACGCCGCCUGCUCGAGGACGGGGAGGCGGCGCUGCGGGCGGGGCUGCUGGCAGAGGCGGACGCCGCCGCGGACGCUAGGGUCCAGGCGGCGGCGGGCCAGCUGGAGGGCAGGCUGGACAGGGAGCUCCAGGCGCUCGACAGGCGCUGGGGCGAGCUGGAGCCGCCGCGGGCGGCCAGAACAGGGCCUCGACAGGCGCUGGGGCGAGCUGGAGCAGGGCGCGCUGCGCGAGGCGCGGCACGCCUGCGAGCUCGGGCGGCGGGCGGCGCAGCAGGGCGACCGGCUCCUGCACGGGGAGGAGGAGACGGCCGCGGCGCUCCGCGAGGUCGCGCUCGUGAGGCGGGCCCACGAGGGCCGGCUGGACGAGCUCGGCCGCCGGGCGGAGGACGCCGAGCGGCAGCUGGCCUCGCUCGGCGAGGCGGCGGUGGCGCAGCGGGAGGCCAGCGCGGGCCUCCGCGAGCAGCUGCGCGAGCAGCUGCGCGAGGAGCUGGGCGCGGCCGCCCGCGAGACGUCGCUGCUGGGGGACGCGCUGGGCGCGGAGAGGGCGAAGGCCGCGGCGCUGGAGGAGCGCCUCGAGGCGCACCUCGGUGCGGUGGAGGCGCAGCUGCGAGCCGAGCUGCAGGAGCGGCACCUGCGGCUGCAGCGCAGCGUCUCCAGGCAACUGGAUGACAUGAGCCGGGCGAUGACGGUAGGAGGGUGCGAGGACUCUUGGCAGCGGGCGGGUCUUCGCUUCGUUGGCCAGGCUAGUGCAUGUGACAGGAAUUCGCGCGCCCUGAUCUGCAGUGAGGCACGGGAUGCGCGAAACAUGCAAGCAUCGGGCGCAGGGGCAGGGGCAGGAACGAGCCAGCAAAU